CAACUCCCAUCAAGCUUUGCACGACAGCCGGCGACCGGAAGUAGGCCCUUCUCUUCCGGCGGGAGACGAAGCGCGGUUGUGGGUUGAAAGCGGCGAGCCGGCGGCGGAGAGAAACAUGAGUCUGUUAAACAAGCCCAAGAGCGAGAUGACUCCUGAGGAGCUUCAGAAGAGAGAGGAAGAGGAGUUUAACACGGGGCCCCUCUCUGUUCUGACACAGUCUGUCAAAAAUAAUACACAGGUUCUCAUUAACUGUCGCAACAAUAAGAAGCUGCUUGGCAGAGUCAAGGCUUUUGACAGACAUUGCAACAUGGUGUUAGAAAAUGUUAAAGAGAUGUGGACCGAGGUGCCCAAGAGUGGAAAAGGCAAGAAGAAGUCAAAACCCGUCAACAAGGACCGAUACAUCUCUAAGAUGUUCCUUCGAGGGGACUCUGUGAUUGUUGUACUUAGGAACCCACUGAUCACGGGCAAAUGAAUGGCCAGGUUCUGAGAGAGUUCUAACUUAUAGCAUUGGAAUAAAUACUCGGGAAUUAAAGCUAGAUUUUGUUUUUUCAAUCUGUUGUCACUUUCCCAGUGAUGACACGUUGUCUGUUUAGUGUCAUUUGUAAUAAAAUUUCUAUCAUUUUGAUGAGUA